CAUCAUCGUACGUAAGGAAUGGGUAAUGGACUGUCAUAAGAGGAAACAGAAGAUCUCCUAUAAACGGUAUUUGAUGGAUGGAGCGGAGUCGAGCUCUGAGAGCGAAAUGGAAGUGGACGACCAGAGUGAAGAGGAAAUGAACACAAAGACUCCACAGAAGCAGGAGAGACAGGUGACCCCCAAAAAGACCCAGGAAAAGGGGAGUGAAGACGUAGAGUAUGCUGGCUCCACUGAUGCAGAUGAACCAGGAGGUGAUGAUGGUGACUCUGCUGUAGACACAGAGGACGAGCUGCAGAGGGUGGAGAACGAGAGCAGACAGAA